AAUUUACGUCAAAUUUCACUUUUCAUAGCAGGUUAGGAGAAUUAACGUAACAGAUUAGGGUUAGCUAAAAUGCUUAAUUUUUGUACGUAAAAAAAAAAACAUUUGACGUUUUGAGUUGACAAAAGCUGGAUCUGUUCUAACCUUGACUCGAUGGGUUUAUUACUACCAGAAGUUCUUCUUUGACACCGGAAGUGUAUCUUCAAUCAUCGUUGGCGGCGGACCGUCAAAGCCAAAGAUGAGUGGUGAUACUGAUGGAAAUAAGGAGUUCCAUGAGCAGCUCCGGCUGCAGCAGCUGUAUGGCCAGAGACAGGGGGACGGAGCUGACCCUAACACCUUCGUGGACCCAGAGGAUGGGACCAUGUAUGACUGGGACCACGACAAGAAAGCAUGGUUUCCUAAAAUAACAGAGGACUUCCUUGCUGCGUAUCAAGCUAACUACGGCUUCACAAAGGAUGGGGAGCACGAUCCAAAUGCUGCGUGUGCACCUGACACGGGCACAACAGCCAAGCUAGAGGAGGGGAAGAAAGCCGAGAAGCGCACUGACACGGAACAGCCGAAAGAUGGCAAGAAGGAGAAAGGAGAGAAAAGGAAGGCAGAUACCGCAGCCUGGUUUGAUGUGGAAACCGACAAGAAUACCAAUGUGUACGUGUCAGGUCUUCCACCGGACAUCACCACGGAGGAGUUUGUUGAGGUCAUGUCUAAGUGUGGCAUUGUUAUGAGGGACCCCAUCUCUGAGGAGUACAAAGUCAAACUCUACAGGGACGGCCAGGGGAACCAGAAAGGCGACGGACUCUGCUGUUACUUAAAGAAGGAGUCUGUAGCCCUGGCUGAGCGACUGAUUGACGAGUCAGAGAUCAGGGGGUAUCAGCUCCACGUGGAGGCUGCCAGGUUCGAGCUCAAGGGUCAGUACGACGCCAGUAAGAAGAAGAAGAAGAGCAAGGAUUAUCGCAAGAGGAUGAAGGCACAGCAGAAGCAGCUGGACUGGAGGCCAGAGAAGAAAGGGGAGGCGCGCAUGAGGCAUGAACGCGUGCUCAUCAUCCAGAACAUGUUCCACCCCAGUGACUUUGAGGAAGACCCCCUGGUGUUAAAUGAGUACCGAGACGACCUCCGGACUGAAUGUGAGAAAUUUGGUCAGGUGAAGAAGGUCAUCAUUUUUGAUAGACAUCCUGAUGGAGUGGCCUCGGUGGCCUUCAAAGAGCCAGAGGAUGCAGAUGUGUGUCAAAUAGCGCUGGACGGUCGCUGGUUUGGCGGCAAGAAGUUAUCAGCACAGCUGUGGGAUGGAUCCACUGACUACCAGGUGGAGGAAACCACGAGGGAGCGAGAGGAGAGACUGAAAGGCUGGGCAGCCUACCUAGAGGGUGGGAGCAAGGGGCCUGCACCGCCGGGGGCACCGCCAGGGAGUACAGAGGGACCAACCACAACCACAGAGGAGUCAUCCAGCAAGGCAGAGGGACCUGUGACGGAGCCCUCCAACUCUCAGAGCCAGGAAGCAGGAGCAAAGGCAGCAGUAGACCCUGGGGUGGAACCAAAGACCUCUGAGGACGCAGAAGUAAGUUCCACUGACAGCAGCCUGGCAGGAAGUGAUGAAGAAGACACGUAGACAGACACACAGACAUCACUGUACAUCUCCUUGUGUUCAGCAUAUAAAAGGACAGUCUUGCCUGACGUCUGCUAAACUGCCCCCACACCUUGUUUGAUUGGUGGAAAGUGACACACUGAGGAAUAAGGCUAUUGGGAUGGAAAUACUCUGUUGCGUACAUAGUGAUGAAUAAAAAAAAAAGUUAUUUGUAUAUUUUCGAUUCUUUCCCUCCACAAUGAUCUGUUUUAUUGAUUGACCUCAAUAAUUUAAACAUCACUUUUAUGUCUUUUAUACUAGGAAUUUGUGUAAUGAACUAAAUGGUCUUGGUCUUGGUUUGAAUACUCUGGGAAUGGAAACACAGUUAGGGACCAAGCUUUGGAGAGGUCUUAAACUGAAAGGAUUUACAUCCAUGUUUUUCCAUUGUCUCUCUUGAAUAUAGCAGUGAACUCGAUUUCAACCUUAAAGCUAAAACUCCAUCCUGUCUUGUCAUGAUUUGUUUUGAGAUGGAAAAUAAACGCAACGUUACCAAUGGCAA